AUGAAAGGUCUCAAUUUUCAUGGCGUCAUUGAGUUUUGCCGCGUUUUAACACACCAGCCGCACCUUCUUCUGCCCCAACUCGCUGUGAAAGAUGUGACGCAAGUGCCGUUUCAGACGCUUCGAGACCGAGGGUUUCGUGGCGUGAUUUUUGACAAAGACAAUACGUUGACGGCGCCGCACGAGUUGCACAUUGCGGGGCAUCUCAAGUCCUCUGUAGCUGAUUGUCGACGAGUUUUUGGAGACGCGAGUGUUGUGAUUUUCUCCAACUCGGCUGGGUCAUCGGAUGACCAGGACGGAGAGGAAGCCAAGGAAAUUGAAGCAAGGCUGCAUGUUGCUGUGCUGCGUCAUAAUGAAAAGAAACCCGGAGGCAUUGCGUUUGUGAAAAAACACUUUGGUGACGUCGAUCCAGCGACACUGGUGAUGAUUGGCGACCGGUACUCGACGGACGUGCUGUUUGGCAACCUUCAUGGCCUUUUGACGAUUCGGACAGAGCAAUUUACACUGGAGAGUGAGAGUGUUGUAAACAGACAGCUGCAACGCGUCGAAAAAGCAGCUGUGCGCGUGCUGGUGCGUGCUGGAGUCAAGCCGCGCACACAUCCACUGUGGCAAUGA